UUAUUGUAUAUUUCCAGCUCUCACCCAAUCUUUUCUGUUUACUGGCUGUUAAAGAGGAGAAAGUGCUCUCAAAUGAAAAUGAAGAUGUAGAAAAAGGAGGAAAGCAAGAAAAAGAAAGGACAAAAAGCAAAGAGAAAACAUUACCCAUCGCUUAUGUCAGACUGAUUCGUUUGGAGGAGCUGGAUAGUAUAGCCAGAAUGCAAAAUCAGAAACAGAGCACAGAUGAUGAAUUUGAACUGUCGUCUGCUACUAGUGGCAUUGAUUUAUCGGAAGGAGAAGAAGAAAAAGAGGAUGAGGAGGACGAAGACAACGAAUUAGAAGAAGAAGACAAAAAACCCCAUCAGUGUACAGUCUGUUCGAAAAUUUUCUCCUGUUCCAAUCAUUUGAAUAGACAUAUGCGCAUACACACCAAGGCUUACCAGUGUAAAAUCUGUAAAAAAAUGUAUUCUGGAUUUUAUUAUUUUAAAAGGCAUAUGCACACUCACACAAAUAAUGACAAGCCUCACCAGUGUACAGUUUGUAGCAAACGGUAUUUCUUUCCUUAUGAUUUGAAAAUGCAUAUGCUUUCUCACAGCAAAGAAAAGCCUUACAAGUGUACACUAUGUUCAAAGAAGUUUGCUCGAUCCUCUUACUUGAAUUGUCAUAUGCUUACUCACACCAAAGAGAAGUCUUUCCAGUGUACAGUAUGUAAAAAACGGUUCUCGAUUGUGAUUUGAUUAGGCAUAUGCGUACACAUACCAAAGAGAAACCAUACCAGUGUACAAUUUGUGCAAAAAGGUUCUCCGAAAAAACUGGCUUGAAUAGGCAUAUGCGG